AUGGAUGGAGAUGGCAUUCUUCACGUUCUCGAGAUGAUUGUUAAUGAACUUCACAUUGUCCACCAUUCCCUUCAGGUCCGCCACUGCUUUGAUGCGGAGGCCAUUCAAGCUGUUGGUAAUGGUGUUGUCCUGAGCGACGAAGUCGGAUACCGUCGUGCUAUCGUCAACCAAAUUACCACCAACGGAGCCGAUCGAGAUACCGUGACUUUCAGUGCAUUCAUUUCCGCUGAAAAUAGUGUGAAUGCCAGACGUCACAGCAAUACAGUCGUCAUGGUUGAAUAUAUUGUUAUCUAUGAUGGUCACAUACUCAUUACUUGCCAAGUCGAAGCCAUCGGUGUUCUUGUCGAUUCCGUGGCCAUCACUAGAGUCGAGUGUGAGCCCACUGAGAGUCGUUCUCUUGCAGUCGACGAUGCUGAAUGUGUGAAACGGGGAGUUCUUGAUCGUAAAGCCCGAGAUAGUCGAGUCCAAGACGGUCGCCAUUCGGAAAAAAGAUCGGGCGAAGUAUCGAUGUGCCCUGACGCCAGUACCAUGCGCCCUGGCCGUCUAGAGUUUGCCGGAACCUUUGAAGUGAGAUGGUUUCCGCUAAUCCAGACAAGUGGCCCGGUCCAUUUCGCUGUACCAAACGUCGUGGUGCCGACGAAGUUAAUGGUUGCACCGGUCUUGGCUCUGCUUAGAUCCAGCAUCACUUUACCAGGUACAGUGAGAGGCCCAACGGUGAUUGUAUCGCAAGAGAAGAUGUCUGUGCCAGCUUGCGACGGCGGCAAAGGAUACCAGAGUAAUGAAUGUGGUGACAAAGAGGUUCAUGUGGAUGAUGCAAUUUUGGCUGGGUUGUUUAGUUGGUGUUGGGAUGGCAGGAAAUGGCAAAGUGAGCGCAAAGUGGUCCGCUGGAUAUCGAGGCUUCCGUACAUGAUUGACACACUCUUUACCAGUGCUGUUCCCAAAUAUUGGAAGCAAGCUUCAGCCAACCCACGCCUCAACCCCUCCUCCUCUCGAGAACCUUUCCAUGUCGGUGAGAAUCCACCUCACGGGAGCCGAAGUGGGUUAGGCCGAAGUGGGUUAGGAUAUCUCACAUAG